GACAAGCGAGGUUCAUCCAUGCAUUCUCACACAAUGUGACAGCGGCGAUGGCUGGGGGUGAGCAGGAACUUCGUGCGAUCCAGUGUGCAGGUUUAAUGGACUUCUGAAUCACUUUUUCUCCCCCUCGCAAGACUGGCUCGGAGAUCUAUGUGUGAAGAAAGCGAUUGUGCUUGAAUAGGCUGGCUGACAGCGGUCAGAAGUGUUGGGGUAGAGGCUUAAAACAAUGGGUGACUGGAGUUUUCUGGGAAGGCUUUUGGAGAAUGCACAGGAACACUCGACUGUGGUAGGCAAGGUCUGGUUGACUGUGCUCUUCAUCUUCCGGAUCCUGGUGCUGGGUGCUGCGGCUGAGGAGGUCUGGGGGGAUGAGCAAUCCGAUUUCACCUGCAACACCCAACAGCCCGGUUGCGAGAACGUUUGCUAUGACAAGGCUUUCCCCAUCUCUCACAUACGAUUCUGGGUUCUGCAGAUCAUCUUUGUCUCCACGCCCACCUUGAUUUACCUGGGCCAUGUACUGCACAUAGUGCGGAUGGAAGAUAAACGGAAAGAGAGGGAGGAGGAGCUCAGGAAAAGCAAGAGUCAAGGAGACAAAGAACUACUGCUUCAAAAUGGCAAAAAGGGCAAGCUUCCCUUUAGGGAUGAACAUGGUAAAAUCCGAAUCCGAGGUGCCCUUUUACGCACUUAUGUUUUCAAUAUAAUUUUCAAGGCGAUGUUUGAAAUUGGAUUUAUUGUAGGUCAGUAUAUCUUGUAUGGCUUUGAGCUUAGACCUCUGUAUAGGUGCGAUAGAUGGCCAUGUCCCAACACCGUGGACUGCUUCAUCUCGCGGCCAACAGAAAAGACUAUCUUCAUCCUAUUUAUGCUUGUGGUGGCUUGCGUGUCCCUUUUAUUGAAUCUAAUGGAAAUCUAUCACCUCGGCUGGAAGAAGCUGCGGCAGGGAGUGACCAACCGGCACCCCCCUGACCUCGAGCACAAGCCCGAGCCCAUAACGCCGCUCACCAGGACUGUCCCAAGCAGUUUCACCUACCCCUACUUCCCUGACACGACGGAGGGACCCCAGCCCUACCCGGGGGCCCCGCCCGCCGAGUUCAAAAUGGCGCCGCUGCCCGAGGACAGGCCGCCGUGCGUGGUGUACAACAACAAGCUGGCGGCCGAGCAGAACUGGGCCAACUUCGCCACCGAGCACACCCGCGACUUCAAGCCCGGCGCCGCCGACGCUCAGGCGGAGCCCGCGCCCCCCACGCCGACCAAUGAGGACAGCGGAACCACGGGCGAGGCGGCGCGCGGCAACGGUCACCUGACCACCACGGUGGAGAUGCACGAGCCGCCCGGCACCGACACGCGCCGCCUGAGCCGGGCCAGCAAGGCGAGCAGCGCCAGGGCUAGAUCGGAUGAUCUAGCAGUUUAGCGCCGGCUUUUGCCCUUUCCUCUCCGAAAGCAGUGCAAGGUUUUAAUGCAAAGUUGGGUGGGCGGGAGAAGCAAUACGCAUUGGAAUGCUGGGGAUUGCAAUGCGCGCUGGGAGUUGUGGCUUGCACAGAGAUGACGGUUAUUUUGUUAAAAUUGGGUUACACACCUAUUAGCCUUAACAUUUAUACAUGCUCUAUUUUAUCACUUUUAAUAAAUGGGAAAGAAAAUCCAGACAAAUUAAUUCGUAGAUCACAGAAGUCCGCAGGACGAAAAUGCUCCAUAUUCCCAUCAUGUUGGACUGAAGCCUGAUUUAGCAUGUUGUAAUUAUAAUUGAUGCAUGAUCAUUAAUUGCACCUCUAAAAGCUCAUUUUACCAAACCCACCACCACAUGUUGACUUAAGAACUGUACUUUUUUAAUAUGUUAAUCAUUUCAUGGCAAGGUAAGACGUCUACAGUAAGCUGGAGAAACACAACUCCUUAAAUGUCUUAUUCAACUCACUGAAUGUGCUCAUGUUAGAUAUAUGCACUCUGUGAUUGUAAGCAGUUAUCUGUAAACUGAUACGGCGGGUAAAGUCUCUAAAUCUGAACUUAAGAUCACAGAAUGCUUCAUACAUGACACAUACACAAUUUAGUCCUACCACAGGGUUACAAUAUUUAACUUCUUGAUUUUCAUCCAUCUCCACUGUUCACUUAGCCGAGCAAACUUCAAAUUACAACGUCUGUGGUGGCAAACUAAAGUAGAAGGAUUGAAUGCAUGUUUUGAGGUACAUGGACAGAACAUGAAUUUUGAAUGCCUUUUAUUCAUAAAAGCACCAAAGCAGGGCAACAUGCUCAAACCAAUUAUAAAUUAAAGGGGUAUGCACUGCAGUUUAUUUAUGUGUGAGGGCAUGUUUGUGUGUUUUAGUAGAUACAAUACUGCUCUGACAAGUUUAGGACUCUGCCACAUUAAAGGAGAAGACGGGUGGAACCACCAAGAAGUAAAAGUAUGGUUUGCAGUAAAAAAAACGUUCAUAGAAUAACAUUGUUACAUUUUAAAGAAAAAAGUUUUUAGGUUGUUUAUCAUGAAAUUGAAAUGGUCCCAGUGUUUCUUCAAGAACAUGACAUCUGUGCACACACUACCUUUUAACAUAAUUAGAUUUGGAAAUUCUAAAUAAUUGUACUCUACUCACUGCUGUAACCCUUCCAGGCAGAGAAGAAAAUAUUACUAAUACUCCAGAGUUAGAGCAUGGUAGUUUAGUCUCAAACUUAUUAUUGUUGGGUGGGGAAUUGGGAGUAGGGAGGUGGAACCAUAGGGAAAGUGAGUUGCAUUUUGUUGCUUUGGCAUUUAUUUUUACUGUGUUUCCCAGGAUACAUAAUCUUGGCUAAUAUCAGGAAAAUAAAGUGUUAAAGUACUGGUUGCUUACGGAUAUUUUCAGUAGAAACUUGCAAAUCAUCUGACACAAAGUUGCAAAGACUCCCCAUGCUAAAUCUUUUUUAGACAUAAACAUUUUAGUAAAAGGUGAAAAUACUUAGGAAUAAAAUUAGGUAUGUAUGGAAACAUUGCUAUGUAUUGGAAGUUGUCUAGGUUUCAUCUUCUGAGUCACAUUGGUUGAUGGAAACAAAUUUUACUAAAAUGUUCAUAUCUUUUAAAUCAAGAAAUGCUUAUUUGCUCCAAUUGGCUUUUUUUGUGCAGGAACUGUUUUCAAAGUAUAGUUUCUUGCCUGAGGUUCCCUAUUUCAUUUUAGAACAAGUUUAUUUGUAGCCCUGUGUUUAACUAUACCAAAAAAAUGCACUGAAACAAAAAAAUCUGCUAUUAUCAAUAAAAUUAUUUCUUAGAUAAUUUUAAACAAGUGGCUCUAGCUUUGAUGAAUAUAUUAGAUAACUGGCCAACUAAAUACAAGCAAAAAUUAUGUAUUCCUUGAAUUAAGAAAUCAGAGGCUUACUUUAAUGUUUUCCCAGGGUUGAUUUAAGUUUCUAGCUUGAUAUAUUAAUUACUGAAACCCUAUUGAUAAUGAACAAAUCAAGGAAUCAGUUUGUAGGUGUAUUUUUUUAAUGCGUUGUUUUUUUUCCAUUCAUUUUCUUGUACAAUGUGUGCUAUCUUUGUAACUAUGUUUUGGUUCCUGAAAGUUUACAUUAUCAAAAAUUGCACAUCUCAGCAAAAAAAGUUUACAUUAUUAGACAGUAAAUUCUAAGAAAAUGGGCCUGCCCUUAUGCAUCAAAUCCAAAAUUAAAUGUCUUAAUACAAAAUUAGAGCUCCUAAGAAAAAGACAGUACAGUGUACAAUACACCUGAUUUUUACUAAUUAUAAAAAAUGCAUAGCUAUAGCCACAGAAUAGUUUACCUUGUAAUAGAUAACCGUGACAAUGGGGGCUAUAGUAGUUGGUAAUUAGUCAUAAACUUGACCAAAAGACAAUAUUAAGUGAGAGAAAUCACUUUAUACAUGGAAUUUGAAUUAAACUAAUUAGGUUUCUUCAAUAUCUGUUGCUUCAUACCAUGCUAUUUUGUUAACAGCCAACCCAUGAAACCUAUUACUUAUCAAAUAUCAGCUCUCACUAGAGGUAAAGAACUUGCUGGGCAGUCAGGGACAUUUAAUGAUUUGGAGCGAAAGCAACAAAGCUGUUCUAAGUGUCGUCUUUAAAGAAGUGCCUAUGUAUUCUAUUCUGUAAGAGCAAAUUGAUGUAAAUGUUACUUUACCUCAAAUGUUUACAAAUGUGUUACCUAAUAAACUUUUUUGUACCAUAAUUCUUUUG